AUGACAACCAGUGCACGAAGUGAGAGUAUUAAUUCUUUUUUUGAUGGAUUUGUCAAUUCCAACACCAUGUUGAAUGCAUUUGUACUACAAUAUGAAAAAGCAGUAGAGACUCGAAGGGCCGCCGAAGAAGAUGAAGACUUCAAGACUAUGAACUCGAGGGCAGUUCUUUCUUCUGUGCAUCCAAUCGAAGCAAAAGCAGGUGAGUGUUACACUAGAAAAGUUUUUGAGGUUUUUAAAAAUGAAUGGAUGGAAGCCACUAACAAUUUAACUCAUGAGACGUUAAGCAAAAGUAAAGAAGAAAUUAUAUACCGAGUUGGGCAACUUGACGUUGAUAAAACAUAUUGGCGAACUGUUACCUUCCGUUCUAUGAGUGAAAUGAAUGUCACAUGUUCAUGUGCUAAGUAUGAAAUAUGUGAGAUUUUAUGUAAGCAUUGCUUGUAUGUUAUGAAGAAGAGGCGUGUUGAAACACUUCCGAAUCACUAUAUUUUACCACGGUGGACCCUUAAUGCUAGGUAUAAGGUGGGUAAUAGUAAUAUCGGACUAGAGGAAAUGAAUAAUGAAAAUGGGGUGAGCGCAUUCACUUUGUGGUGUGUCCGUUCAAAUUUUACCAAAGUUAUUGAACAAGCAAAGGAAUCCCCUUUAAAAAUAGAUAAAGUCAAUACUGUAUUGAUAAAGCUUUUAGAUGAUCUAACGAUUCAGGAAAAGCCUAAAGCAUUUGAAAAUGUAUCUCAAGGUUGUUCUACGGGAAUUUCACAAGUAGAUAUGAUGCCUCAAUUGUUUGUACGGGAUCCUAUUGGUCCAACUAAUACAAAAGGGCGGCCUAAAAAUGCUACAAGAACUAAGCCUUCAUUAGAAAUGCCGAAGAAAAGAACUUGCUCUUACUGUCAAGGAUUGGAUCACUACGCCACUAGUUGUUCAAAAAGAAAGGCGGAUGAAUUGUUGCAAGAGAAACAAUGGUGA